CAGGAAGCGAUAAAAGGCGGCGGCGGCGCCAGCUCCUGCACAGCUGCACCGCCGUGCUGCGAGCGGCUGCAAGCAAGAAAGCCCUAGAGCCAAAGAGCCGGAGAGCGAGCGGCGGGCGCUUUGCCCCGCGCCUCCCCUCUGCCCCAACGCGCACCUCGCCUGCUUCUCCACCCCGCCCCAGCUCGACCGGACUCGGUCCCGGCGCGGCCGCAGCCCCGAGCUCCGGGGCAGCUCAGGCAGCCUCGGGAGGACUCUCCGGCGCGCCGCCGCGUCCCCAGACAAAGGCUUGGCCGGCGGCCCCGGCCCGCAGCGCCCUCGGCUCCCCGCCUCCCCGGCUUGCCGCUCUUCGCCCCCGCGUUUGGCUCGGCGCGUCCCGGCCGGCCGCAAAGUUUCCCCCGCGGCAGCGGCGGCUGAGCCUCGCUUUAGCGAUGGCCGCGGAGCUGAGCAUGGGGCCAGAGCUGCCCACCAGCCCGCUGGCCAUGGAGUACGUCAACGACUUCGACCUUCUCAAGUUCGACGUGAAGAAGGAGCCGCUGGGGCGUGCGGAGCGUCCCGGCCGGCCCUGCACACGCCUGCAGCCGGCUGGCUCGGUGUCGUCCACCCCGCUCAGCACACCGUGCAGCUCGGUGCCUUCUUCCCCCAGCUUCAGUCCGACUGAACAGAAGACUCAUCUCGAGGACCUGUACUGGAUGGCGAGCAACUACCAGCAGAUGAACCCCGAGGCGCUCAACCUGACACCCGAGGACGCCGUGGAGGCGCUCAUCGGUUCGCACCCAGUGCCACAGCCGCUGCAGAGCUUCGACGGCUUCCGUAGUGCGCACCACCACCACCACCACCACCACCACCCUCACCCUCACCACGGGUACCCAGGAGCCGGUGUGGCUCACGAUGAGCUGGGCCCGCACGCUCACCCGCACCAUCACCACCAUCACCAAGCGUCGCCGCCGCCGUCCAGCGCUGCCAGUCCGGCGCAACAGCUGCCCACCAGCCACCCCGGGCCGGGACCGCACGCAGCGGCCGCAGCGACGGCUGCAGGUGGCAACGGGAGCGUGGAGGACCGCUUCUCAGAUGACCAGCUGGUGUCCAUGUCGGUGCGUGAGCUGAACCGCCACCUGCGGGGCUUCACCAAGGACGAGGUGAUCCGCCUGAAGCAGAAGCGGCGGACCCUGAAGAACCGGGGCUACGCCCAGUCGUGCAGGUAUAAACGCGUCCAGCAGAAACAUCACCUGGAGAACGAGAAGACGCAGCUCAUUCAGCAGGUGGAGCAGCUUAAGCAGGAGGUGUCCCGGCUGGCCCGAGAGAGAGACGCCUACAAGGUCAAGUGCGAGAAACUCGCCAACUCCGGCUUCAGGGAGGCGGGCUCCACCAGCGACAGCCCCUCCUCUCCCGAGUUCUUUCUGUGAGUCGUGGCGGGUCCCGGCCCCCGCCCUUUCCCUGGCCCAGACUCCCUGUCCUGUGUCCCUAACCCUGGACUCCCUGUCCCUGCCAUGGCCCCGGCCUUGACCUGUUUGACUCGAGAGAGCGGGAGAGAAAGAGGGAGGAAGGACGCGCGGGCCGCGGGCGACGGGCGGGAGCGCGGGUGGGUAGGGAACCUUGGCUCAGAAGAGAGCAGCGCAGGCCAGCGCAGCCUGCUAGACUUGGGCAGAGUCAGAGAGACCCGGGCGGGUGGGAGGUCCCGGAGUUAACUUUUCUCCAGUCUGGAAGGCAGCGAGGCAUUUUCCAAGGAGUCGCCAAGGCCGUCUGGACACUUAAGGCUCUGGGAACUUUGUGAGUGCCAGGGCGGCCGAUUCGCAGCCCACAGCUCAGUUCGCCCCAGGAAGAGCAGAGGAGGGGAGCGGAGAGGAGAGGGACUCUGGAGUCCCUGAGGGCGAGAGGCAAGGCUGAGCUAAGGAAGGAAGAACAGACAGAUCUGUCUGUCCAGAGUCCGGAGAACACUGGCUCUCAGCCGGAGACGCGGGCCUUAGGACAUUCGGCGCGCGAGGAAAAGAAAAAUCUCAUCAGUUUUAUUGCCUGCUCGAUUAUAUAGAAAAAUACGAAAAUCUGCAUUAAAAAUAUUAAUCCUGCAUGCUGGACAUGUAUGGUAAUAAUUUCUAUUUUGUACCAUUUUCUUGUUUAACUUUAGCAUGUUGUUGAUCAUGGAUCAUAACCCCCUUGUUUCUUUGAGUGAGAAGGGAUGCAGUUCCAAAACUCCUGCAGCUGCGAGAGAGCGGAGUUUCAGUCGCCGGCCGGCUUGUAAAUUACCCGCCCGGCCAAACCACACUGAUAACGUAGCAGCAAGCUGAGUCUUUGUUUGGGUUCAUUAUUAUGGCAUUUUGUUUGUAAGUGAAAAUAAAAAAAAAAAAAAAAAAAAGAGAGAGAGAGAGAGAGAGAAACAGCCAGCUCUGUCCUGGGGAACCUUUGGAAUUUGUCCCCCUUUCCUUCCCACUUUAGUUUUCUGUUUCGUUGGUGUUGAGGGAAAGAUUGGAAGGGAGAGACAACUGUGGACGUCCACACCUUGGGUGUAGGAGCUUGUCCUCUACCCGGUCUUCUGGCCAAAUUGCCCCCCCCCCCAUCCCCCAAGAAGAAAAGAAAAGAGACCCGCUCCUUGGCUUUGCAUCCUGAGGAGUCAACCCCGGGCUGGCUUGGAAUCCUCCAGGAAGGCGCUAAUUGCAAGUCCCCUCCCCCAGAGCUUAGGGUGAAAGGAUUCCCCCCACCUCUUGCUACUUGUCAAUGAAGACUUGCGCUCUCAUCGAACCAAAUGCCAUUCUCAGAAUGUACCAGAAACCCACACAUUGGCAAGCAAUGCUGCAACUUUCAAGUGCGUUCUUUAGACCGAUGCAUUCUGUGUCUUCCUGCUGUCGGGAUAGCAGGGAGAGUUUCUGGUGGUAUCCUACUCCCUUCGGUUGUACAGUAGUUAUAGGGGAGGCCUGGGUGUUUUUCUUUAUUGUUACUUUCAUUUCUGCGGGUCAGUAAAAGGAUUUAAGUUGCACUGACAAAAAUACCAAAAUGAAAGCGUACUUUUAAAAGUCCCCAUCUGAAUUUGCUGGCGCUGCUGGCUGGAUGCUUUUUUUUUUUUGUUUGUUUGUUUUUGAGUUUGUAUUAGUUGAUAAAUUUACAGUAAUAACAAGAUUGUAUGAACCGCAUGGUGCUUGCAGUUUUAAAUAUUGUGGAUAUUCGUCCUGCAUCGGAAACGAGCUUUGGUUUUUACUGAUUCAACUGUGUUGAAAUCAAACUUGCAGCAACGCAACAGAAAUUGUUUUUAAUUUCAUGUAAAAUAAGGGAUCAAUUUCAACCCCUGCUUAUGAUAUGAAAAUAUUAAAAUCUAGUCUUAUUGUAGUUUUAAUUCAGACUGGUUUCUGUUUUUUGAUUAUUAAAAUGGUUUCCUAUUUUGCUUAUUAAAACCAUGGAAAUGGUGUUUAUUUAGA